GAUUCCUUCUCCAUCUGUCUUUCUCUGAUAGGCUGUACGGUUACUAGUUCUCUGCUCGGACUGGAUAUGAUCCCAUCCCUCAAAGAAGCGUGCGUUGUGAUUGGUGUAACACGAGAAGGGGGGUCUGCUACUUCGUGUUGACAGAAUUUUUUCUAUUCCCGGAUUUCGCGAGAGUUCUGUCAGAAGAGGAAACGGGGUACCCUGAUUGAGCUCAUCGGCUCCCAAGCAGCUACCGAUUCACCGGGAAACGGACGUGCUGGGAAUCUCACGGCAGCGUGGAAUAUCGGUGUAGGAGCAAGCAAUGGAUCCGUCUCUUUGGGCCGUGAUUUGUGCAUUACUGCUGGGCUGUGCCGACUACUCAUCAGCUGCUGAUAGGAAGAAUACCAUGUCUCCAGAGAAUUUGUUGGUGAUCACAGCUGCCACAGAGGAGACAGAUGGCUUCAAACGCUUCAUGAGAACUGCCAGAGAGUUCAAUUAUACUGUGAAGGUGCUUGGUCUGGGUGAGGAGUGGAAAGGAGGUGAUGUGGCGCGCACAGUCGGGGGAGGCCAGAAGGUUCGCUGGCUGAAGAACGAACUCCAAAAACACGCCAGCAAGGAAGACUUAAUCAUCAUGUUCGUGGACAGUUAUGAUGUGAUCUUUGCGAGCGGGCCAAAGGAGUUGUUGCGGAAGUUCUCUCAGCUGGGUCACAGAGUGGUGUUCUCCGCCGAGGGCUUCUGCUGGCCCGACCAGCGCCUGGCCUCCAAAUACCCGCCUGUGCCCAGUGGCAAACGCUACCUCAACUCAGGAGGGUUCAUUGGCUAUGCUACUGACCUCUAUAAUAUUGUGAAACAAUGGAAAUUAAAAGACAAUGAUGAUGACCAGCUGUUCUAUACCAAGAUCUACCUUGACAAGGAACAGCGGACAAAGUUUAACAUGACACUGGACCAUCGCUCUCACCUGAUUCAGAAUCUUAAUGGGGCCCUUGAGGAGGUGGUGCUGAAAUUUGAGAAGGCUCGUGUGCGUGCUCGGAACGUGGCCUAUGACACACUUCCUGUCAUCAUCCAUGGCAAUGGGCCCACCAAGUUGCAGCUGAAUUACCUUGGCAACUACGUCCCGACUGCCUGGACCUAUGAAGAUGGUUGUGGGAUCUGUGAUGAUGAUCUCCUCUACUUCAAUGAUGUGGCGGAUGAAGAAAUGCCGAUAGUCCACAUCGGUGUGUUUAUCGAGCAGGCGACUCCAUUCUUGGAGGAGUUCCUCGAGCGUCUGGCAACCCUCAACUAUCCACACACACGGCUGCGUCUGUUCAUACACAAUAACGUGGUCUUCCACGAGCGACACAUUGAGCAGUUCUGGACCCGUCACCGUUCUCUGUUUCCCUCGGCAACCAUCGUCGGCCCUGAGGAGAACAUGUCUCAGGCUGCGGCCAGAACCCAGGCAGUGAACGCUUGUAAGAAGGACCCCACCUGUGACUACUACUUCAGCAUUGACUCUGAGGUGGCCGUGACCAACCCAGACAUCCUGCGCAUCCUCAUCGAGGAGAACAAGCCUGUGAUUGCUCCCAUGCUGUCUCGCCACGGGAAGCUCUGGUCCAACUUCUGGGGCGCUUUGAGCCCUGAGGGCUUCUACUCGCGCUCCGAGGAUUACAUCGACAUCGUCCAGGGCAAACGAGUUGGCCUGUGGAACGUGCCUUACCUGACUCAGGUGUACCUGAUCCAAGGCUCCAUACUUCGCACUCGCUUCCAGGCAGUCGACCUCUACCAGCAGAGUGGCAUGGACCCAGACAUGGCCUUCUGCCGCUCUGUCCGAGACCAGGGGGUGUUCAUGUUUGUGUCAAACAGAGAUGAGUUUGGCCGCCUGGUUUCCUCCACCGCCUACAACACCACCAGGCUAUACCCAGACAUGUGGCAGAUCUUCGACAACCCUGUGGACUGGAAGGAGAAGUACAUCCAUGAGAAUUACUCAAAGAUCUUUGAGGGAGACGAGAAUGUGGUGGAAGAGCCAUGCCCGGAUGUGUACUGGUUUCCGGCAUUUUCUGAACGUAUGUGUGACGAGCUGGUGGAGACCAUGGAGGCCCACGGUGAAUGGUCCGGAGGAAAGCACACGGAUGAGCGCCUGACUGGAGGUUAUGAGAACGUGCCAACAGUUGACAUCCACAUGAACCAGAUUGAUUACGAGAAGGAGUGGCUCAAGUUCCUCAAGGAAUACAUUUCUCCAGUCACUGAAAAACUUUACCCAGGCUACUUCCCAAAGGCUCAGGCAAUCAUGAACUUUGUCGUGCGGUACCGCCCAGAUGAACAACCCUCCCUCAGACCCCAUCACGACUCCUCCACGUUCACCAUCAACGUCGCCCUCAACAGCAAGGGCAAGGACUACCAGGGUGGCGGCUGCCGGUUCCUGCGGUAUGACUGUAAGGUCGAGGCGCCACGCAAGGGCUGGUCCUUCAUGCACCCCGGCCGUCUCACCCACUACCACGAGGGUCUACCCACCACACAGGGCACACGCUACAUCAUGGUGUCCUUUGUAGACCCCUAACGGUGUGUGAUUAUGUAUGUGUGUGUGUUUCGUCUUUUUUUGUGUUUAGGACUACAUCAUGGUGCCAGUCACAGACUCGCAAUAUCCUGUGCGUGUGUCAAUAUUGUGUGUGUAUGUGUGUGUGUUAAUAUGAAUGAGGUAGAUAAGUGCUACAUUAUGGUAUCAUUCACUGACUCUAUAAACCUUCUCUGUAUGUCAGUGUGUAUGUAGGUGGUGUGUGUGUGUGUGUGUGCGUGUGUGUGUGUGUGUGUGUAGGUGGUGUGUUAGUGUGUGUGUGUGUGUGCGUGCACAAUCAUGCACGUGAUGCAUGCGUAUUAGUGAUAUUUUGUUCUACAGUCAUCUCUUUAAUGUAUGGCUGUUCAGUCCUCCUCUUGAACAUCUGCCCUCUAGUGGUGGUUUAUCAGCACCCCUGCACAUAGCCAGUGCAACCUGUCUGCCACAUCUGUAGAGGAGUCAGCCUACAUGAUCCACAUCACGCUAGAACUGACUCACCCUGGAGACCUCUGCUACCAGCGAUGUUGUGUUGAAAUGACGUCCACACUGAAUGUAGGCCGAGUCUCGUGGGACAUGGCGUGAUCGUGGCGCAACACGACAGAGGUUCACAGUGUGGAGACAGCUUGGUGAAAUUGGCACGUAAAAAAAAAAAAAAAAACAAACAAGGCCAUUUCAGGCAGGCCCUUUCCUCAUCCAAAGACCCACCUCUAAUUCCCACUUGACCUUGUAUUUUCAGCCAAAGAUUUUUAAUCCUCCUUUGAAUCCCGUCGGCAAUUGGAUUGGUUUUGAAUUUUCCAAUGCUGCGUAUGCUUCUGUUAUCAGUCCCACGCACAUGUAACCCACCACUCGGCGUGGUUGCCUCCAGGCGUAUAUGGUUAAGCACCGUAUGUGUGGCUGCACUAGACCACAGCAGGGUAGCUGUCUAGCUGGAGGAUUUGGAUGUGCCUACUGAAGAGAAUGCCAUACAUACACAUGCAAUACAUCUAUGCAGUACCACUGUGACUCACUUUAUGUUGAUGUUUUUCAUUUUUGUACCUCUGACCACCCUCAUACAUGUAGCACUGUUGAUGAGCCACCCCACCCUUCAUUGUAAUCUUUUGAGAUAAAGGGUUAGUCAGCGAUUUUGAGAUGGUUAAAGGUAUUGUCAGCGAUUUUGAAAACUGAACAGCCAAACAAGUAACGUAUCCAGGAGUCCCAUAUACACACAUAUUGCCUUGGCACAUGGUAGACAUGCAGGUGCUUUAAUCUGAUUGGUUGGAUGAUAGGGACCAUAUCAUUGGGUUUUCUUUGGUUGGUGAUUGGCUGGAUUUGUAUUUUCACAGAGCAUAUAUACUUUAUCAUACAACCACCUGAAAGUGAGGAAUAAAAAAGUGCUCUGAAUUAAAAUCGCUGGCUUUAUCUUUAAGGGGUGUGACCCAGCCUUUUUUUUUAGCAGCUAAUAUCGUAGAGUUGGCGGCAGAAUAACGCAGCUAAUAUCGUAGAGUCGGCGGCACAAUGAUUGACUUGAAAUACUAGCCUCCAGUGUGAACACGGGUCACAGUCACUAACCAUCUCUUGUAUAUCAGUGACUGUACGUAAACUAUGGAGAGCAUGGAGUCAUGCCCUGGCAUUGUAAACAAAUGAAGUCAAAAUGAGUCGGUAUGAGAGCUGUCGUGCGUUUAAGAUUCCAGAUUCUGCACAGUAAGUGCUUUUUGGAGUCAGAGCAUGCGUAGUAAGCACAUAUUUAACCGACCCACAUUUGGUUAAAUAUGUUCGGAGCUAUAGUUCCAUCUGGUUCUUUCACUUUUUAAAUGACUUCACUAUGUCCAUACUUUUUACAGUCAUUGUUAUACAUCAGCAUUUCCUAGUCCAGCCUUUAAAGCACCUUCGAUACUUGUAUGUUGAAGGACCCUUCCUCUCCCUCAUGAGCUGAAAACAGUCUAAUCAUUUUUGGUCAGGGUAAUGUGGAACUUAAAACAUGCAGUGCUGUGGAUCACCCAGUGCAUGGCUACGCAACACUGAUUUGCAUCCGUUAUUUCCAGAGAGUUCUGAAUUGAAACAAUGUUUCGAAAUUCCAACAUUUCCUCUGACACUCUUAUGAGAGCCAAGUGUGUGCCUUGCGUUGCCAUGACGACUGUGCUGUGCUAGAAAGUUCUGGUGGUUGUAUGUAGGUGGCCAUUCUCGGUGUGUGUACUGUUCAAGAUGCAUGAAAAUCCAUGGCAUGUCAAUCAGUCAGGGUGUUGAUCAUGAUUAAUGAGGCUGAUAGAUUUAUGUAGAAGAUUAAAACUGAUGUUUGUUUGAUAUUUUUUUAACACUCCACAGUUGGAUGAUAAUUAUUGCCCUAAAUUUGAUGGACAUUUCUUUUUUUAUUCUUGUUCUAUAUUUUGCUACCAACCAAAAAGCAUUAAAUACAUGAAUAAAUAAGAUCAUAUUUUUUAAACGGACCGCAGUAGGAAAUAGGACAGUAUUACAGUUUUACAGUGUUUUUAAGUCUUUUUUUAGUUGUUGGAAACAAAUGUAUGCCUUGUUUGUGAUGUUACUUCUGCCUGUACAAAGUGCAUUAAAUUAUUUUUCUUCUUGAAAAUAAAGAUUUGACAUUUUAA